CCAAAAUUAAGGACAACACAUGCGGCGAAGUGGUUGGUUGGUCAGUAAACCAAUCUUGUCUUGUUACAUUCAUUGGCCAACUAUUUUUUCUCUAAUCUUAACCGUCUUCUUCAUCAAUAUGCAACCAAACAUCGCUAUCCUUACCCACUUUUUUGCCCUCCUUUAGAGAUCUUCAAGCCGUAAUCUUUUCAGUUACAGGAACCGCAAUCUCUGGUUGAUUUCCAGGACAUAUUUGUAGUUUUGUCUCUCUCGCUCUCCUUUGGCAAUGGGUGGGGAGCGCAAGGUGUACACCCUCGCUGAGGUCUCUCAGCACAACAACUCCAAAGAUUGCUGGCUUGUUAUCAAUGGCAAGGUUUACAACGUGACAAAAUUCUUAGAGGACCACCCUGGUGGGGAUGAUGUCUUGAUAUCUGCCACAGGGAAAGAUGCAACUGAUGAUUUUGAAGAUGUAGGACACAGUACCAGUGCUUUGUCAAUGAUGGAUGAAUUUUAUGUUGGAGACGUUGAUUCCUCAACCAUCCCCACCAAGGUUAACUACACUCCUCCAAAACAACCUCAGCAUAAUCAGGACAGGUCGCCAGAUUUCUUUAUUAAGAUGCUCCAGUUCUUAGUUCCCUUGCUUAUCUUGGCUGUGGCUGUUGGUAUCCGUUUUUACACAAAAUCAACAUAAUCCUUGAAAAUUUAGCAUCGGAAUAGACGCAUACAAUAAUGUAAACUUGCUUCCAUAGAAGCCAGCCUUAUUUGUUCUUGAGAGGUAUCAUUAUGAAUUAUCCGGGGAUAUAAUACGUAUAUGCACAUGUGCUUGUGUUGGGGACUAAUUAUAUGGUUCUUGUUUGAGAUGUCACCUUACUUUACUGUUAAAUCUCGUUCUGUUUUUCUGCUUGAUCUUGCAUGAACUUGUCUGUCUUGGCUAUUUCUGCUUCCCAAACGAAGUAUUAAUCAAGGCUUCAGUUUGUCAUCA